AUGGUAGCCGAAUCUGAGCUUCGAACGGUCCAUGCAGAAGGGGCCGCCUUCCAGGAAGACAAAAAGGGCUCAGAGACAUCGGAAGCAUGUCAAGUCUCCAAGGAUUGGGACCCUCCCUCAAACCCGGAUGAGUUUCCCGAAGGUGGUCUGGCAGCUUGGGCUACUGCUUUUGGAGCUUUUGUGGGUUUGGAUUUUUAUACCCAACAUUACCUGGCAAAUGAGACGUCGUCUGCUAUAUCAUGGAUCGGGAGCACGAGCGCGUUUUUAAUAACUUCUUUGGGCCUCGUGUCAGGUUUGCUGCACGACCGAGGAUAUUUUCACCAUCUCAUGAUUGCCGGAUCGUUUUUGCAGGGUUUCUGUCUAUUCAUGUUGUCUUUAUCGAAACCCGAUCAGUACUACCAGAUAUUUCUCUCUCAAGGUUUAGGCUUGGGUAUCGCAUCAGGGCUCAUGUAUAUCCCUAGCAUAGCUGUAAUCUCGCAUCAUUUCCGACGGAGGCGCACACUAGUUAUGACGUUCGUCGCUACGGGCUCAUCGCUAGGUGCUAUCAUCCAUCCGAUCAUGCUCAAUAACCUCCUCAACGGUCCUCUCGGCUUCGCCAAUGGCGUCCGUGCAAGCGCAGGGUUGAUCAGCUCAUUUCUCUUAAUUGCAUGUCUGUGCAUGCGAACUCGCCUUGAUCCCCCGGCGACACCAGUGAACUAUAUUGUGGUAGCUAGGAAAUGUAUUCGCGACGUACCAUUUAUUCUCCUGAUAGCAGGUGGCUUUCUUUUCCAGAUCGGCUUCUUCUACCCAUUAUUUUUCUUUCAACUCGACUCUAUCAAGCACGGCAUCAGCGCCAACUUCUCGUUUUACUCUCUAGUGAUUCUAAAUGGGUCCAAUUUUAUAGGGCGACUUGCGUCUGGAUUCAUUGAGGCAUUCACGGGUGUCAUGAACUUAACUAUAUUGUCAUCGAUUCUGUGCGGUGUGCUCAUUUUGGGCAUGAUUGGGUUGAGUAGCCUGGCUAGCGUCGUUGUGCUUGGUGUGCUUUAUGGUUAUUGUUCAGGGCUGAACACUGCGAUGGGAGCUCCACUCAUGGCUACUUUAACGCCCGACCUCUCAGAGCUUGGUGCGCGGAUGGGCAUCUGUCUCUUUAUUUUUGGAUUCGGAAAUUUGAUCGGAACACCCAUAUCCGGCGCUCUGCUAACGUCGCAUUAUACCUGGUGGAUGCCGAGUCUGUUCUCUGGGAUUGUUACACUGACUGGUGCUAUGACGUUUAUCUUCAUGCGAUACAUGUUUCUCAGAAGGCAGCGCAUCUUAGAUCUCUCGCAAGCAGCUUGCCAAUUGCGAGGAUAUCGCGACGAGUCCGAGCUGCAGUCUGAUCAUUAGAGUUGUCGACGAUCCGGGGUCUGCGUCGGAGGAAAGUGAAGAGAGUGAGGAGGAAGAUGACGAUAGUGAUGCCGACAAGUUCGAAGAUGCUCUUGAGAAGCUUACUCUAUCUGAGCCGUCGGCGGCGGCUGUUGCAGCAGCACCAUGA